UGAAGCCUCAAUCUCAAGUGGAACAACUUAAUCUAAAGUGAAUCCAAUUACAGUGAUAAACUAAUAGUGCUUGUAAAACUGCCAACAGCCAAAUGAGGGAUUCACCCUCUUCGGUGUGAUGACUUGUUAAAAGAUUCCAUCGAAACGAACAGCGAUUGAACUCCUCCCCUACAAUCGGAAGCAAAAAUGAAGAGCCCCUUGAAUUAUCGCGUGACAGAGUGACGAUGAAAUUUAACCGCCGCUACGUUGUGCUGCUGACAACCCUAAUACUGUGCAACAAAAUCAGCGACCAUGACUGCGGUGUUACCAAGGAGCAAAUGGAGAAAACGGCUAAAAUGUUCAGACAGGUGUGCCAGCCAAAGCACAAAAUUCCGGAUGAUAUUUUGGAAAAUGGGAAAAAUGGAAUCUUUCCAGAAACGAAAAAUUUCAAGUGUUACGUUAGCUGUCUCAUGGAUAUGAUGCAAGUGACCAAGAAAGGGAAAAUCAGUUACGAAAGAUCACUGAAGCAAAUUGAUCAACUUCUCCCGGAUGACUACAAACCGUCUUACAGAAAGGGAUUGGAUGCGUGUAAGGAUGCAGCCCAGGGAUUGAGAGAUCACUGUGAAUCAGCGUAUGCUCUACUCGUCUGUUUCUACGCGAACAAUCCCAUGUUUAUUUUCCCCUAAAACAUGCACAGGAUACCACACCACGCCAUCGACUACUGAUUACUCUUUCUUACAAAUAUUCUAUAAGUUCAAUGUGAUAUUGUUUUUUGAUGAAGUUGGCCCACUUACAUGUUUUAUGUGCUACUUAGAAAAUGCACCUGAACCAAAUAAAGAUCUAGUGUAGAAAAAUA